GCAAGUUUUUUUUGGGGGCAAUAGGCCAACUGAACCCUGACUUUGCCCGCACGGUCAGAUGUAGCCACCGCCUGACCUCCACAACCACAGUAUCUACCGACUCGCCGUCAUGUCCGUUUCCGAGGCCGCUUAUCCACCGCCGCCCCCGUCCUCAUGGGCACAACAGAUCCGCGCGGCCGCUGCCGAGGGCCACUUCUGCGACGCUGUCUCCCUCUUCCUCCGGAUGCGCGCCUCCGCCGCGCCACGCUCGUCUGUCCCGGCCUCACUCCCGGCCGCGCUCAAGUCCUGUGCCGCCCUAGGCCUGAGCGCCCUCGGCGCCUCCCUCCAUGCGCUGGCCAUCCGCUCCGGUGCAUUCGCCGACCGUUUUACCGCCAAUGCCCUCCUCAACCUCUACUGCAAGGUCCCGUGUUCGUAUCUCGACUCCACUGGUGUGGCCAUAGUGGAUGUACCCGGAUCAUCAACCGCAUUUGAGAGCGUGCGGAAGGUGUUCGACGAAAUGAUCGAGAGGGACGUGGUGUCCUGGAACACUUUGGUGCUGGGCUGCGCGGAGGAAGGGAGGCACCAUGAAGCACUGGGGUUUGUCAGGAAGAUGUGCAGGGAAGGGUUUAGGCCUGACUCGUUCACCUUAUCCACUGUGCUCCCAAUCUUCGCGGAGUGUGCUGAUGUCAAGAGAGGCUUGGAGGUGCAUGGUUUUGCCUUCAGGAAUGGGUUUGAUAGCGAUGUGUUCGUUGGCAGUAGCCUGAUCGAUAUGUAUGCGAAUUGUACAAGGACGGAUUAUUCUGUCAAAGUGUUUGACAACCUCCCGGUACGAGACCAUAUUCUGUGGAACUCCCUGCUUGCAGGUUGUGCACAAAAUGGUUCAGUUGAGGAGGCCCUUGGAAUAUUCCGUCGGAUGCUGCAGGCUGGUGUUAGACCUGUGCCCGUGACUUUCUCGAGCCUCAUACCUGUCUGUGGUAAUUUGGCAUCAUUGCGCUUCGGGAAGCAGCUGCACGCCUAUGUGAUCUGUGGUGGGUUUGAAGAUAACGUGUUUAUAUCUAGCUCCCUGAUUGACAUGUACUGCAAAUGUGGGGAGAUUAGCAUUGCCCAUUGCAUAUUUGACAAGAUGAGUUCACCAGACGUUGUAUCGUGGACUGCGAUGAUCAUGGGGUAUGCAUUGCAUGGUCCAGCAAGAGAGGCACUUGUGCUGUUUGAGAGAAUGGAACUGGGAAAUGCAAAGCCUAACCAUAUCACCUUUCUUGCGGUUCUGACUGCAUGUAGUCAUGCUGGCUUAGUGGAUAAGGGCUGGAAAUAUUUCAAGAGUAUGUCAAAUCAUUAUGGAAUUGUUCCUACUCUAGAGCAUUUUGCAGCGCUUGCUGACACCCUUGGUCGUGCAGGAGAGUUAGACGAAGCAUAUAAUUUUAUAUCGAAGAUGCAAAUAAAACCAACUGCGAGUGUCUGGUCCACAUUGUUAAGGGCUUGCAGGGUCCAUAAAAAUACCAUGUUAGCUGAGGAAGUAGCCAAGAAAAUAAUGGAGCUUGAACCUAGGAGCAUUGGGUCUCAUGUAGUAUUGUCAAAUAUGUAUUCAGCUUCUGGGAGAUGGAAUGAAGCAGCACACCUACGAGAAUCCAUGAGAAAAAAGGGUAUGAAGAAGGAUCCAGCUUGUAGUUGGAUUGAAGUGAAGAGCAAACUGCAUGUCUUUGUAGCUCAUGAUAGGUCCCACCCUUGGUAUGACAGGAUUAUUGAUGCACUGAAUGCUUUCUCAGAGCAGAUGGCACGCGAAGGUCAUGUACCCAAUACAGAGGAUGUUUUCCAGGAUAUUGAAGAAGAGCACAAGUCAUAUGUGUUAUGUGGUCACAGUGAGAAACUUGCUAUAGUGUUUGGUAUUAUAAGCACGCCUGCUGGAACAAAAAUUCGUGUGAUGAAGAAUCUCCGAGUCUGUAUUGAUUGCCACACAGUAACUAAAUUUAUUUCAAAGUUAGCUGAUAGGGAGAUUGUGGUGCGUGAUGCAAACCGUUUCCACCACUUUAAGGAUGGAAACUGUUCCUGCGGGGACUUUUGGUGAUCGGGUAACCACUUGGGAUUAUCAUAUGUGUUGCGAUAUAAAGUGAAUUGCUUAUUUUUCUCCAUCUACUUAAGCUUUUGAGUUGAAUUGGUCGGAUCAUGCAAUGAGUUCCAAUCAUUGCGAGAACAUUAGAGCCAUCUGAACACUAUAUGUUCUUACUCUUUGAUUAUAUUAAGUUUCAUCUGCUUUUGAUGCCAGUUCUGCAAUCCAUCAAAGUACUAGCUACAGUGUGCUCAAUUUCUCAAAUUAUGUUUUCAUUGUUGAAUCAUGGUCACCUUAUCCCCACCUUGCAUAAAGAAUAAAGAAAGGUAUGGAUUCUUGAAGUGUGCUUAAAUAGUUAAUCAUCCAACCUCAGUGUCCACCUUGACAGUGGUAAACACUGAAUGAUAGCACCAAUACCCAUACUAUAUUAAAUGUAGCAUCACCUUGCAUUGUGUAGCUGUAUUGAAUGUAGCACCAACACUCAUACUUGUAAUCAUUUGACUGAGUGAGCACCCUGCAGCAAUCUUUUUCUGAAUCAAGAUCUUUCAUGGGCUGUUAUCUCAGUUUCUUCUCAUGUUUGACCAUAUGCUCAUAACAUUUGCUCCCUCCGUUCACAAAUAUAUUAUGCCGUUGAUUUUUUUCUAAAACUUUGACAACUCGUCGUAUUUACUUGACAAAUAUUUAUCUGAAGAUUGUGAAGAUACAGAAAAAAAAAAUCGUCAUUCUCAUUUGGUGGAAGGACAAUGCACACAGAUUGUCGCUUUUGGUUCACAUGGCCCAGGAUGUCCUUGCAAUACCAAUAUCAACAGUAGCUUUAGAGUCCGUCUUCAGCACAAGUGGAUGUAUUUUGGAAGACUUUCGUACCUCCCUUACUCUAUUCAUGUUGGAGGUCCUUGUAUGUACCCAAGAUUGGCCCCGAAGGUCUACUCCCAUUGACAUACAAGAUAAUAUUGAGGAAUUGGCCAUUAUAGAAAAAGAGCUAAUUGAAGAAUUUGGUAAUGGUGGCAAAGGAAAAAUUAAGGAGUCUGCUUCCACUUCCAAGUCUCAAGCAACAGCAACUAGCAGUAGGUGCCUCUCCAAAGGUAUAUAUAUUUUGUUGUAUGAGCCCAUAACUGUUUACUGGUAUGACUAUGAGCGCAUGACUGUUUAUUGCUAUGAGCUGCACUGUUUACUUAUACUCCAUCCGUUUCUUUUUAAUUGUCGCUGGAUAGUUCAAUUUUGCACUAUCCAGCGACAACUAAAACGAAACGGAGGGAGUAUAUAUUUUGCUUCAACCUGUGUAUGUUGGACAGAAUGACAGGAUAACUGGAUAAUAAGUGUGCUGUGUGCAACCGGUGCUGCCUGUGUGUCUGUGCAUGUCCACGUCCCCCUUUGGCGUUGGCGAUCUCCCUGUCUCCCUGUGUGCAAGUGCAACACUGGAAGUCUGCAAUAGGUGCUGGCGUGCUGCACUGCUGCCUCUGUCGACUGUGUCUUUGUCUGUGUGUGCAUGAGCCAUAUCCCUGUCUCUAUUUGGCUUUGGCGUCUUGGGCUCUUGGAUCUUGGCGAAUUGCGAUUGGCGAUGUCCCUGUCUCCCUGUGAGUGUGUGCAACCGGUAAUAGCAGUAGCACUACUGCAGAGAACCUGAAUGUAUUUUUCAUGCUGCCAGCCUGCCAGUCUAUGAACUAUGAUCAAUGUGAAUCAAAACUUUGUAUUCAAAUUUAUGAGUUAAAUUUGUGAGUUAGAACUUAGAAUGGCUAAGUGACAUUCUUCGUAUGUUUUUCAAAAAUGUUAAUCAGAACUUUGUAUGCUUCCACUUUAAAUAGGCAGUUAAUGUGGAUAAAAUCAAUUUGGCUACCGGGAGUACCCAUGCCCAGUCCUGCCCGUGUAGAGCGCACCGUGUCGGGGCAUCGAGCACGCGUGCGACAGGUGGCGCGGCGCUCGAGCGCGGAGCCGGGGCGUCGAGUGCGUAGUGUUGGUCGACCUCGACCACAACUUCUGGCGACGACCGACGAGGGCACAUUGUGGAGGGUGCCGGGUUGCUGGCUGCAGGCACUGAUACUAGUCAAGGAUUGAUGAAGUCAACCUUCAUCCAAGGUGGUAUGUGAACCUGGGGCAAAGCGGAGAAGCUUGAUCUUCGAGGGGUUCACAUACGAACGAAGUCGGGUAUGGAGGCUUCGACUUCAUGUCAUCACUAUGCGAAGCAGGCGACAAAGGAGAGAUAUUCCAAAAGCCCGGCUAUUGCGACGGAUACAAGAAAAGACGAUUUCGCCCCCACAAGUGUUAUGGAUCAUGUAAAUAGGACUUUUGGGCAUCUUUGUAAUUUUGCCUUCAUACAAAGUUAUACCUCACCACUAUAAAUAGAGAAACAGUCCCAUACAUUACGUACACGUUGUUGAUCAAUGUAUUCUGAAACCACUCUGCCUUCGAAGGUGUUUUUCGUUACCUUUGAACUCCUCUUUGUAAAGCUGAAGGUAUCUUUGUAAUUAUUUGUAAGUAAAAAAAAGAGAAGCUGAGUUCAUUUA